GUGCCCAUGUGAGUCGUUAGAAGUUAAAGAAAUUGGUGGUUGAGAUCGAUGUCAUGCGAUGAAGUAUGAAACUACAUGUCUUACUCCUGAUGAGUACCUGGGCUUGUGUUCACAGAUUGAUUUUAUUGGUUCUGUUUGUGCGCUCAUUGUUAUUCUGCAGAUGGAUUCAUUUCAUAGCAGCCUUCUUCCACUUCCCAAAAAAUCCUUACCUUUCGAUUGUUUGUGGUCAAUUCGUACUUUGUCCCCACUUUCCGCUUCAAUGUCCGCGCUCCAUCUGCCGUAAGUCUUGCUGCUCCCAGAGCAAAGGUCACCGGAAUCAGUCGGCUCCCAGAUCUUGAUUUACGGCUCUAAUGCCGAUCCAUUGUUUGUCCACGAAGCAAAUCUCGACUGGUAAGAAUUUGUGUUAUUCUCUAUUCUUGUUUUCCUUGAAGAACGCAAGGCCAAGAAAUGUGAUUUCGAGAGUGAGCCGCAUUAGAUUGUGGAAUUCUAGGUUCAUGCCUCCGCUUCCACGUGAACAUGUUCUGCAGUUCAUAGCACGCGUUUUCUCCUGCAGAUGGAGACCUCCUUCCUAUUUGCUUUCUCUCAACCCCGUCUUAGAUUUUGAAUUUCAUUUACAUUUCCGGAAGUCAACAAAAAAAUACUUCUCUUGUAAAGCCUGCGCCUCCAUAUUGACUUCUUGUAAGAAGUAUCUUUCACGGUGAUCAACUACUAAAGGUCACUAACAUCGAUGCAAAAAUCAACUGCACCGCUGAAACUUUUUGCAGUAACUUUAAGUGAAGAAAUAAUUAUUGUGAUCAUAAUAUGGUGGAUGACUGUUACUAGUGGAAAUUGAUUGUGCAACUCAAAGAAUUGUAGCGAGAAUAUUUGUGAGUUGAAUGUAUUACUUCAAAAAGAGUGAAAAAAAAGGUCCCGCUAGGGAAGCAUUUAGUUGAACACAGUUAAUGAAGGAUUUUACUGUACCAUAUACGAUUCGAGCUACUGACAAAAACCUUGUUUAAACUAUGAACACGUCCCCAUCUUCUGGGCCCGAAGAAACCAUCUUACAUGCCUUCAUUGUACUUUUCUUUUCGCAAAUUGGAGGCCAAAACUGGAAGCAUGAUGUCUCCAUCCAACUGCAGUUUCAGAGUCUUCAAUGGGCGAACUUUCAAUUUUGGAGAUCCAACCGCUAAAAGUGCCAACCACGCCUCAGCCGUGCACAAGAGUCACGCACGGCAGCACUUCAAGGACCAAGUCACCGUGUCCUUCUUGGAGGUCAUUUGACCAGCAACCGUUGUCUCAUCUAAGUCGCCCAGCUCUCCAACGAGGACCAUGGCGAAAUGGCAACACAAGAGCAGGGAGUCCCCAGAAAUGAAAUCACCCCUAUCAAGCAUUCCUGAAAGUUUCUUUCCCGGGAAAUAGUUUCAGCCUUUCGCGGCUCAUCUUUACGUCCCCUCGCUGACAAAACCCACCACGAGUCCCUCUGCUGAGCCUCUUUUUCAUGUUUUUCAACGCGUAUCUUUCCCUCACAUAACUUGCUUUCCUUUUUUGACUCCUCGUGGCCCUGCUCUGGGUUUUGGGUCGUAGAGCAUUCGCCGAAAUUGAGCGAGGAGCUGCUGCGGGAGGUUGGGGCUUGUGGCGUCUCACUGGAAUUUCGUGGGGGAUUGAGUUCAGGGAAGGACACCGUUGAGACUGGUUUGGUUAUUGGAGAAUUUUGGGUUGUUUGAAGGUGGGAGUGAUAAUCGCGAAGCGGAGGAUUGGGAAAGAUUACCAGAGAUUGGCAUGGCAGAGGAUUUGGUGUUCGUAUUUGUGUUUGUGUAGACUUUAGGGAUAUAGUGGAGGGAGUGGUGGGAAGAUUUGGAGGCAAGCGGCUGUGGGAGACACAUUGAGUGUAGGCAGAAAUGGCAAUGCAAGUCGGGCACAGUGUUACGUUACCCAGGACGUCUUACGGUGUCUCGAAUUCCAAUCAUGCGCUGAAAGAUACGUCGAUGCUAUCAUGGAAAUCUGUUCGAAGAGGAAAGCAGAUUUUUCCAGGUGUAUCUUUAAAGUCUAGCAGCGGGCGCCCGCUUUCACUGCAAAUUUCGGAUCAACCUAAGACAGGCUGGGCUGCGUUCAAAGUCUACAACUUGGAGAAAGAAACUCCUGGUUCUGUAUCCUUGUCAGAAUUCGAGGCGCGUUUAACAGAUUUGGGUCAGGAAGUGGCUCGGUUGAAUAAUAAUAAGAAUAUCUUCCUGGUUGGGAUGAUGGGUUGUGGAAAGUCGACCGUUGGGAAGAUUCUGGCUGAUGCCCUUGGCUACAAGUAUCGUGACAGUGACGACGAGAUCGAAAAGAUUGAAGGUGGUCUUGCUGUAAAGGAAAUCUUUCGCCUGAAGGGCGAGACUCAAUUCAGGAAGACUGAGUCUGAUGCUCUACGGAAACUCUGUGAAAAGAAGGACUUGGUGGUUGCCACUGGUGGUGGUGCUGUAAUUUACGACGCUAACUGGGAAUAUUUGGGCAAUGGCAUUACUGUUUGGUUGGACGUCCCAGUAAAGGUUUUGGCAAAACGGGUAACUGCUGUCGGGACUGGGUCGCGUCCACUCUUGGGUGACGGUUGUGCAGAUUUUGAGAGUGUUCUCUUAAAAUUGUCAACCUUGAUGAAAGAAAGGAAGGCACAGUACUCAAAGGCUCAUUGUAGGUUAUGCUUUGAAGAAUUGGCGAAAAGCCUCCAAUCGACAGAAGAACAUGAGCCAACAGUAGAGGCAAUUGUAGUUCAGAUAUUGGAGGAAAUCAGGCAUUAUCUGCUGCACGGUAAACGGACACCUGCACCUGAAUUGUCCACUAAUUUAGCGAGAGAUAUUGAAGAAAACCGGGCAGCUUCUGCUGCAUGAUCAACGCAUGCCUGCACCUGAACUGGCUACUAAUUUAGAUCAGGAGGUUACUACCUAAAAGGCUUCAUGAAUUUUAUGAGGCAACAAACGGUUAGUUGCAGACGUAUUUUUCGUAGAUCAUAAUUGCUCAUCCCUCACAUCAUUUUAGAACAGGAAUCCACGUAUGUUUAAGGUAUACUUAUUUCAGGAGAGGGAAAUUUGCAUUCAAUGUAGUAUUAAGUGGCGGAUGCGAGUGGAUAACGUUAUAGACGGGACAUAGAGUCAUUAUUUGGUGGCAAGCGGAACUAAAACGUUUGUAGUUAGUAUGUCUCCUUUACCAUUCUAUCUUCUAGAAGGUUCGAGACGUUGCUCAUAAUGUGACUCCCCAGCGUGAAGAGAUGUUAUGCCUUCGAAUUCUAGUGUGGGUUCCUCCGAUUCGCCGAUUCUGUAACAUAGGGGACUAUUCAUAUGCGUCAUUUCUUUGUGUUGCCUGUCACCACAAUGUGCCUGGAAUGCGACUUGGUGUCCAGCUGAGUUGGUACGCCUGAGCCUUCGCAGGUCCUAGGUACCUUCCGUGCAUAUGAGGACCCUUAAGAUUGUUUCUGGAAUUCGUCGACGGUAGGCUACAGUUUGUUGCAACCUGAACCUCAUGGAAACCGCAGCGUUUACACACAUGGGCGAUCUAGCAGAAGAUCAGAUCUCCUGUUCUGCACGCUCGGGCGAGUUCAAAAGUGGGGACUAGGUGCAGAAGCUGAGGUGAACAAACAUCGAAGGAAUCAAACCUCGGGAUGGAGGUUGUUUCUGCAUCCAAAGCACCUUAUCAAGCAAAUAUCUUCCUCGAUGACCCCUCUCAUUCAGAAACCCACAAGUAGGGAUGAACGUCAAAGCAUCAGUUUUAGGGCAUUUCUGCAAGUCAUUGUUGAAGUAACCGUUGAAAUCCGGAAGAGGGAUGCCAAAUUUGGAUUCAAAUGCUGACCUGUGGCAAUGGUUCCUUCUACCCAAAAAAAUAUUUUGAAGUUAUUUUGGAGAAUUUACUCCCCUUUUCUUUGACAAGAGAAUUACAUA